AUGGCCACCCACGUGAAGAUGACCGCGAACCAACCCCCGUCCGAAUACUUCGAGGAACUCGCGCGAAACAACCAGCUCAACUCACCUCUUCUGCGUCUUCCCGGAGAGACUCGCAAUCGCAUUUAUGAGUACGUCUUCUUCGAUUCAGAAGUGGUUGCGAAGGAGCGUUGGGGACCCCAGGAUUAUUCGAUGCCUCGCCACAACAAGAGCGUGAUUUACGUGCUCGCGACCUGCCAACAGAUCCGCCACGAAGCUACCAAAAUCUUCUGGGAUAGAUGCACCAUCAACGCCAAAGCGAUCUGUGACAUACAAAGAGUCAAUCUUUACAUGGGCCCGGCAAACUCCGCUCUCGUCACGUCUCUCCUUGUGGAUUCGUACGCAGUGACAAGCUUAAUUCAUCGGAGCGGCGCCCUACCACUCCGUGUGCCGUGGGAUCUCCAGCAAUUCCCGAUGCUGCGGAAGCUUCGUGUGGUUAAUAUUCCUCACUUUCCCCUCAAGGCACAGGAAGAUAUACUGCGUGGUAUCUCCGCCCUGGGAAUCGCAGUUGAGUACAAGUACCUGGAGGAAUAA